GUGGCGCAACUACCUCACACAUGCGUCGUCAUCAACGCAGUGACGUCUGUGUGUUGUUAUGGUGUCUCUUGUCUGAUUCACUUGGCUUCCCCGUGAUUGUGGGACCCGGUGUCGACCCUCGGCCAAAGCACCAGCUCCAGGUUGACGGUGUGCGGGACAUUUCAGCAGCAUGGCCGACGGUCCAGAGGCGGAUGUUGACGAGCCGUCCAGUAUCAACUUCCCUCCGCUCAUCACUGUCUCCGGUAUGCCCAGUGCCACUGCUGCAGGCCGUAACCUAAAGGAAUGGCUCCAGGAGCAGUUCUGCGACAAGCCUCUGGAGCAGGAUGACAUGCGGCUGCACAAUGUGGCCUACGUCGGAGACCUGGACACCCUGAGGAACCUGCUGCAGGAAGACAGCUUCAGACGGCGCAUCAAUGAGAAGUCUGUUUGGUGCUGUGGCUGUCUGCCCUGCACGCCUCUGCGGAUCGCUGCCACAGCGGGACAUGCUGCUUGCGUGGCCUAUCUGAUCGCCCAGGGAGCCGAGGUGGACCUGGUUGAUGUAAAAGGUCAAACGGCCCUCUACGUAGCUGUGGUGAACGGUCACCUGGACUGCGUACGGAUCCUUCUGGAAGCGGGAGCCAAUCCCAACGGAAGUCGCCACCACCGCAGCACCCCGCUGUACCACGCUGCCCGGGUGGGAAGGCAGGACGUACUGCAGGAGCUCAUCAGGUUCAAUGCCGAUGUAGACAUGGACCACCUGCUGGGUCCCCGGCUCCUUUUAAGUGCUCGCACCUUGAACACUCUGGUGGUGUGUCCUCUCUACAUCAGCGCCGCCUACCACCACCUGCCCUGUUUCCAGCUGCUGCUCCAGGCCGGUGCUCAGCCUGAUUUCAACUAUACAGGGCCCGUCUGCCAGGAGGCCCUGACCCGCGGCCUGGCCUCCUGCCUGCUGGAUGCUGUGCUGCGACACGGAUGUGAGGUGGCCUUUAUCCAUGUGCUGCUAGACCACGGGGCCAACCCGGCCCUCGUGCCUUGGGACGGGACAGAGCUGGAGGGUCCUAAUCGGAGGAAGGUGGAUCCGGAGGCGCUCAAGGUCCUCCUGGAGGCGAGGAAAAUCCCUCGCAGGCUGACACACCUGUGUCGCAUCAGGAUCCGCAGAGCGAUGGGCAAAAAUCGCCUAAAACACAUACCCUCGUUACCGCUACCACAACCCAUCAAGAACUUCCUGCUUCACCAAAACUGAAAACCAGCACCCUUCCGUUCUUCAACAGAGCUCUUCCAACCCAAACCUUAAAAAAACCUCAGCCAAUCCCAACACCAAUCCUCCAAAUAGAGCAUUUUGUGAACCCGAUUUGCUAAUUGCUUAUUAUUUUCUAAGAAUAAACAGUUAAUAUUAUUUUUCAAAGUUACAGUUAUGUAAUACUCCAUUCUUCCUAUUACUGUAACAAUGUAUUGAAGUGCUUCUUAACUUGUCAUGAAGCCUUAGUAGUGGUUUGUGGUAACUGUAUGUGUAAGUGUUUGCCUCUGACUUUCCAAAUCACCGGGGUGUGUUCCAGUCUUGCUUCAAAUAGCAUUUUACAUCUUAAGAGCCAUACAUAAUAAGGAUGUCAGUUGGUGUUUUGACUGGAACAUGCCAUGUAUUAAAUAUCCCGUUCAGAUGCAGGGGAAAACUACCCAGUUCCAGCUCCUUGAAUUGCUCAUUUAUUUGUUUUAUGUAAACUUGGAUUUUAACACUUUCACUAACUCUCAGCCGGAGCGAAUGUGGCAAAUUGUGCAGCAUAUUUGUGAUCACUAGUGUGAAUUGCAAGGAUUAAAAAGUGCCCUCUUUAUAAUAUAUGUACUGUUAUUCUUCUUCUAUUAUGCAUUAGGCACUUUUAUUUGUCAAUCCGUUUAGAUUUGGUGCUGAGCAUGCCUUAACAUUGAGUUUUGGAAAUGGCCUUAAUGAUUGAUCAGACAAUAAAUACUAAAUGUAAAAAUUGUAGAUUUUUAAGAAAGAAAAAUGAACAAAAGGUUUAAAUGAGCAAUGUAAGGUCCUAGGUCUUAACGGAAACACUGCUAGGAGAAAGGUUUACAUUCUUGGUCUAAUUACCAUUGUGUGAAAAAGUUGUACUGUUUACGCAUAUUUAACAAAGCUCUCUCUGAAAGAAAUGAAUUCAUGUCGAAUACAAUAUCUUUUUAUCUAUUGCACAGAACGCUGCUUUCUCUGUGAGUCUGUUGCACCUAUUGGCUUCUGCGCCUGUCUCUUGCACAGCUUUGUGUCGUUUCUCACACAUUGUUACUGGACAACAUGAAAUGUGAGUGCAUGGUUUCUUCUUUGCUUGUAUUCAGUAAAUGUAUAGUAAUCCUA